UGCUUGUUGGCAUAGCAACCAGUGAUGUCAUCCUCGUGUGUUCCCAUCUCUUACACUUAUAUUCACGCAUUUUGAUAAAUAUCAUUUAAAGCAGUCAAACCAGGGAGGGACUGCGUGGCCUCAUCUGGUCAGCCUUAGGAGCCAUGUUCCUGAAUAAAUAAAUAAUAAAACUGUCCCGCAAUCACUUUAUUAAAUCUGUGUUGGGACAGGACUCCUGUUUGUGUUGGGGUCCGCACAUUUAAAUUUGAGUGGUACCGUGAUGCUCAUGACGAGGCAGAUGUGAUGGUUCAGACCCAUUUAAAAUUAAACCCAGGUGUCCUGUGCAAGCAUUUAAUAUAUUUUUUUGUUCAUUUGCAUACGUAUUCGCAUCUUGUACCUCAUGCCUUCAUGCCUUUCCUAGUACUGCAGCAAGGCAAUGCUAACUUUCAUACACUUCGUGUCAAGGGGAGUGUGUCACGCAUUGCGACACACCCCCUUUGGUGGACAGAAGAGUUCGGCACAGGGAGAUAUGGGAAUUCCGAUAUUUACCGGUCUUUAUUUUAAAUAGGUAGAGAGAGAGUGCGCGAUUCUACAGAAAUUAAACAGAACAACUUCACCUUUUACCCCCACGGGAUCCAGGUGAAAAAAAAAGUAAUAAAUUAACACAACAAACUAAAAUAACAAAAGAGAAAAUAAACAAAACAGCCCAACAGCAGCUUUCCAGCUCUUACAGACGGUGCAGCUCUCUCUCGAUUCGGGAGUUCCCCCGUCACAGCGGCACACUGGGAAGGGAGCACACUCGACAAUACCUGGACUAAUUAAUUAUGCACUCCAGGUGCGCGUGUCUACUUAACCAGUGGGUGUGGUCUUUCGAUUGCCCUGAACCUCUCCCACAAACCGAGCCAUGCCACAGAGGAGUUGAGGGAAGUAUAUGUGAUAUUUAAUGAUAAAAUGCGGCUUGUAUGCAAAUUGUGCAUAAACAUCUACUCUCAGUCAACUGUUAUUUAAUCAUGUUUUAGUUACGUGGAAAUACAAUUAACCAAAUUCCGAGAAAGUACAUCAAUAAAACUCGACCCUCAAUGCUCUUCAAGUUACGUGAAAAUCUUUUGCACAGUACCUGAGAAAUUGAUGAUAGAUUUUAAAAGCACUUUUGCUGUAAAGGGGCCAUUUGCAUUUUUGGAGUCGUCAACUUUCUCAUGGGAAUGACUGAGCUUUGCAGCAUCAUAACAUGAAAAUGUGUAUCUGUUACCUCACACUGAUAUUCUAACUAAAGUGAUAAACUUUUUCUGUUCAUGUGGAGAAGAGACAAUAAAUAAAUAAAUAAAUAAAUAAAUAAGGAUGCAUGAAGCUUAUGGAAAUUCCAGAGCAGCUGAAGCCAUAGGCCUUUGUAAAAUUUUACAUUGACAAGAGAAAUUGUAUUCCAUUCAUUUAAGAUAAACUGACUAUAGUCGGUCUAAACUGUGUUUUUCUCACGAACAGAAACGUGGUGGAAGGAGUACCUGACGCUGAAACAUGGCAUCACUUUUGCUGCCGGAGCAGGCCUCUCUGCAAUCGUUUGCUCCGCCUGUUGCUGUGUGAUUGGAUUGUGCUCACGGUACAGUAUGAAUGGAGCAGUAGUAGUUCGUUUCAGUUCACAGAGCACAGAGUGACCAAAGGCAUCAUUUCAAAUGUUACGUUACGGUAGGAAUGUCAAAAUGUUUUUUUCGGACCGAAGAGCCGUUUUUUAACAGACCAUGUGUUUCGCCAUAGACGGAAACGACGAGAACGGAGAGACGAAGAUAAGGAGUACCAUGGAGCUGCCCUGACCAUGGUGGCAAGCGUCGACCGACAGCGGAGCGGCUCAGCGGGAUUGGCCGAGGACGAGCAGGCGCCGCUGCACGCCGGCGGAGAGCAGGGGGAGGGCGGGGCGGCGGGCGGGGCGAACGCAGACGUGGACUACGCCACCAUCGACGUCUCCCAGCUGAAGAAGAGAGAGGCGGCGGACGAGCCGGGGCCCGGCGCCGACACGGACUACGCGGAGAUCCGGAAGGAGAGGAAGGGGGGCGGAGACCGCGGAGAGGGAGAGGGAGAGGGAGAGGGGGAGGGGGGCGAAGAGGCGGCAGCGGCGGCGGCGGCGGGAGUUGAGGGGGCCGCUGAAAAUUUGGGGGCUGUGCAGCAGGAGUGCGCUGACGCUGGGGAGCAAGGCUGAAGAUCAGAGAGGGCUCCCGUUCACAGAUGGAUAACGACGUGAACUUCGGUCUAAACCCACAUGAGAAUAAUGUUCAGUUUCAAAGGGGCAGUUCACCCGAAAAUGAAAGAAAGCUACGUUUCAUCUUACCAGGACUGCUAUCUAUCCAUCCAGAUAGAUUUUCUGAGAUUUUAUGUGAUGUGUUAAACUUUCUCUCUCUUCCCCACUUAUUCAAAGCACUGUGCUUAUUAUGCAUUUAUGAUGAAGAAAGUUUAUUUUUCAAAGUUUUUCUGACCCAAGUUAAUUGUACUUUUUGGACUGAAAGGACCUUUUACUGUCUUGCAAAGAAAGCUGGGGGAGAACAUGUCUUAAACACAAGUGCAUUCCUUUUGCAGUCUUUUUGAAGUUAUAUAAUAUAAGGGUAUAUAAAAUAAGGGCAUGACUAAAUGAGGUAUGUGUUUUUUUGUUUUUUUUUUUGCUGUAAAAUAAGGAAAGAACAAACAAAAAUAGACUUCUGUUCCAUAGCAAUUUGAAUUAUGUACAGUAAAAAGUGUUACUCUAACAGGAUUUAUGUUGUCAAAAAGGGAUAAAAUGUAUUUGCUGGUUUGACAUUGAACAUUUGUUUAACUGUACAGGUUAACUGUUACUGUUAAAAAAUAAUCAAAUUCUGAUUAACUGUCUAGGUUCAUAUUAGGUUUCUUUAAAGUAAAAAAAAAUGUUUUUAGUUUAAUCGAUGACCGCUAUUGUGCUCACGUAUUCAAUUACAGUUUUUUUACGAUUGCUUUGACUCAUUUUGCACCAGAGUUUCAAUGUGCAAAACUCUUAACACAGAGUGCUGUACUGUUCAUUUUGGGUUCAAAAUGUAAUAUAGCAUGCAAAAUAAAAAUACCAGUGUCAGUGUA